AUGGUCAAAACAAAAAAUGCCAAUCGGCCUCUUCUUCCUCCGGCGUCUUCUCUGUCACAGUCCGUCGGUCUUGGUCCUGUUCGGCCGUCGCCUCUUUCACCCACGGCAUCGUCCCUUUCACCCACGGUGUUGCCUCAAGUCCGGUCAACCUCCCCGUCAUCCUCCACACCCACGGGUUCGCCUCCCUCACCUAAAGGUAUGUGCUCUCCACCUACUUCACUUCCUAAACGGUUUACUAGGUCCUCUCUUGCCUCAUCCAGUCCAUCCACCCCACGGUCCUCCCCCAAUCCCUCCAACCCUCCCUCAUCCAAACCCACCCCAUCAUCCAAAAGAAAAUCACCUUCGUCUUCCCCAAAGUCUCCACCAAAGCGUCCCAAGAAAACUUCUAGGGUUCCAGCUACCUCUUCCAUUCCUCCAACCACUACCACUCUUCACCAUAGUCAGCCUACCCAUCCUUUUUGCUCCGACCAUAAACUACUGCGAUAUAGGGAUGAGGUCUCUCAGAGAAAAUUAUGGUUUGAGUACAAUGUUGUUAUUGAUGAUUUUCCCCUUCAUAGAGCAUUAAUAGAGUCUCGGGGGUGGCUAAAUACAGUUACAAAUCUCACACCACCUUGUCCGACUUUGGUCCGUGAGUUCUAUGCAAAUAUAGAUAAAAGAAUCCUUAGUGACACAAGUGCUCUCAAGUACCGAGCCUACAUUAGGGGAAAACGUUUUCCUUUUUCUCCCUCAAUUGUGUCCAGGGUGUUGUCUGUUACAAAAGAGCUGUCUCCUGCAUUUAAUUCUCAAUUUACACCAUCUAAGCUAGAAAUGGGGGUUGCUUUGACUGGUUCUGCUUCUUUUGAAUGGGGUACUGGUGAUUUGCCUGUUCCUGCUUUAUCUCAUUUUUACAAGGUGCUACAUCGGAUUGCUUUAAAUAACUGGUUGCCGAAUACUCAUACCACUUCAAUCACCACUGAGAUUAGUAAGUUCUUAUUUGCUGUUGGUACUGGGGUCUCGAUUGAUUUACCUACUCUUAUUUUUGGAAAGAUUGUUGAUGCUGCUUUAGCCUCGGGAACAAGGAAUGUUCUCCCAUUUCCUUGCUUAGUUCAUCAAAUCGCAUUAAGAAGUGGUCCAACAUUGACUCUUCAUGAUGUUCCUUCUGCUGUUCCAUCAUUUGGCAAGUCGUGUAAAGCUCUGAAGUCUAAACAGGUUCUGCCUACUGAUUCGUCACCUCCAGAUCCAUCUUCUCCACCUCCAGGUGCAUCUGCCACUACGAUCAAGGGUCUUGCUCCUUCUAGUUGGCAGGUUCAAUUGGUAAAUCGGUUUGUAGCUUUUGAAAAGAGAUAUGAUGAAGAUCAGCAACGACAGCGGGCAUUUGAGUCCCGGGCUUCUCAUCCUGAGUCUCCACUGGUUUCUGAUAACACUCCUGGAGUUUCUGAGGCCACUCCUGUGGUUCCUAAUGCAGCUCAAGUUGCUCCAGCUACGACUUUCAUGGUCCCUGUUGCAAAAUCUUCCCAAUCUCAGGGGGAGUGCGUUCCAUCUGCCUCAGCUCCUGCUCAUCCAGUUGCUCCUUCUCAGGGGGAGUUAUCUUCUGCUGGUCAUGGUCCACAGAUUCAGGGGGAGCGUUCGUUCGACAUCACUCCAGCUGCUCUGAAUUCUGACGGUGCUCCCAAAGUCUUUAUGAGGCGUCUUCCCAAAACUCGUUCUGGUCGAAAGAAAUAUGAUCUCUGA